GUUGAACUUCUGUGUCUACGGCUGUGCCGGACCGGGAGUGGCAGUGAUAGUGGCUGUGUGUCUACCAUACGCCAGCAUGGACUUUCCCACUUACCAUAUACGUACAUUCUUUUGUUCUGUACUUACUUGGCAUUCUGCCAUCCCUCCAUAUGAUUCUGGUACGUUCUACGAUGUUCCGGACUAUUCUAGACAGCGUCCGGAUUACUCGCAUUACUCAGCCAUGGACUAUCUGACCUUAUGUCGAUUAUGCUCCCUUACUCAGUGUUACUCAUCGCUCAGUCAGCGUCCUCUGGACGUCACAUGCCCUCUUCCUAUACGCUUACUCAUCGUCCUCCCCAGUAGCAUAUAAGGAGGACUCUGCAGGCCUCUGCUCUUCAGUCGUUCUCUCACAGACUGAAGA